UUGACUUUAGAUGAUCUGGGCUUAUUCGACAUUGAUAUCAAGAAAGAUAAAGCGAUAGAAGUCAAUAAGACGGAGAUUCACACAGAGAGAGCAAACUCACAAGAAGUGCCUAUUAAUAAACAAAGUAUGGUAGAUGAACCCACACACACGUCCGUAGCAGUAAAGGUGAAUCAAACGAUGAAGAAAUUAGACCGCGUUAUAGACGGGGCGUCCAUGUUGAGGGUGAGCCGAUCAGGUUUCAUUAUAGUAAUAAAUAGAAUUAGAGAAUACCAAAAGCAGCUAAAGAACGUCAAGCUGACAUCAUGGAGUCCAUCGAAUCUAACGGAACAGCUUGUGGACAACUCAGAAGACGUAGGUUACAACAGCGCCCACGCUUCGCCCUGUCCCAGCAGCGAGCUACGCUGUGUGGACGGCAGAUGCAUCACACUCGCACAGCUCUGCGACGGCACCAUCGACUGCUCCGACCACGCGGACGAGGACAACUGCUACACGUGA